CUUAGGUGGGUUAAGAAGCAUAGCUUCUCUCUCUCUCCUCAUUCUCUCUCCCCCUAUUUUUAUUUAUUAUUUUUAUUUCACAAGCACAACGCUCAGUUAUUUUACUUCUUAUUAUUUUUUCCGUCAAUAUUUCCCAUUUUAUCUCUCAAAUUCCCAGUUUCCAUUUCCUUCCAAAAUUCGCACGCUCCCGAUUUCAUUUCCAAUCGUUCUAGGGUUAGGGUUUCGAUCCAUUUCCCCUUCGAUUCGAUCCACGCAUUCAAUUCACAACUAUCAGUACCGAUUAUUUCCCUCCCACCAAGAACGCCAUGGGAGGUGACGCAACCGCUGAAACUGCGACGGAGCCAAAAACCACCGAAGGAGUUAAGAUCAACAUUCGCUGUUCCAAUGGCUCCAAGUUUUCCGUUCAGAUUAGCCUCGAUUCCACCGUUGGAUCCUUUAAGGACGCUGUCGCUCAGAAUUGCGAUAUCUCCGCUGAACAACAGCGUCUGAUUUAUAAAGGUCGGAUCCUCAAGGACGAUCAAACCUUGCAAAGCUACGGUUUGGAGGCAGAUCACACUGUUCAUUUGGUUCGUGGUUUUACACCUGCCAAUACAACUGGUGGGACUAAUACCAGUGGUGGUGCGAAUACCACAACUACAAAUGCUAGAGGUGCUGGUGCUAAUGAGGGUGGAGGAUUAGGAGGACCUGGACUUGGAGCUUCACUGUUUCCAGGACUAGGUAUCAAUGGGAUGGGAGGAGGUGGCCUUGGUGGCUUAUUUGGAGCGGGCCCUCCAGAUCUUGAACAACUGCAGCAACCACUUUUGUCAAAUCCUAAUUUAGUGAGAGAAAUAAUGAACUCACCUGCCAUGCAAAAUUUAUUAAAUAAUCCUGAGAUAGUGCGCAAUCUUCUAAUGAGCAAUCCACAGAUGCAAGAACUCAUGGAUAGAAACCCUGAGCUGGCACACAUACUUAAUGAUCCCAGCACACUUCGCCAGACACUUGAGGCUACAAGAAACCCUGAGAUCAUGCGUGAAAUGAUGAGGAACACAGACAGAGCUAUGAGCAACAUUGAAUCAUCUCCUGAGGGAUUCAACAUGCUGAGGCGCAUGUAUGAAAAUGUUCAGGAACCAUUUUUAAAUGCCACCACAAUGGCUGGUAAUGCAGGAAAUGAAAGCACCAGAACUUUGGGGACUCAAGGUGGCCAAACGAGGAGUCAAUCAACCAAUCCCUCAACCACCAAUUCUGAAGCAACUUCCCCUGUACCCAAUACUAACCCGCUUCCCAAUCCUUGGUCAUCUGCUGGAACUGGAGGUGCCCAAACUAAUGCCAGGAGGCCAGCUGCUGGUGGGGAAGCUCGGCAGCAGACACCCACUGGCUUAGGCGGGCUUGGUAUGCCAGAUCUUGAAGGCAUGUUGGGUGGUAUGCCAGAUCCUGCUUCAUUGACCCAAUUAAUGCAAAAUCCAGCUAUUUCACAAAUGAUGCAAAGUAUCCUUUCCAAUCCACAAACAAUGAAUCAGAUUCUUGGUAUGAAUACUGAUCAGCGUGGGAUGCCUGAUCUAAAUUCAAUGAGAGAAGUGAUGCAAAACCCCGAGUUUCUUCGCAUGUUUUCCUCACCUGAGACAAUGCAGCAACUCUUGUCUAUGCAGCAAGCUCUUAUGUCUCAGCUUGGUCAGCAGCAAUCAACACAGGAACCAGGCCAAGCAGGUGGAGGCACUGUUAACAACUUGGGGCUGGAGAUGUUAUCAAGUAUGUUUGGUGGACUUGGAGCUGGUAGCCUAGCUAAUCCAAACAGAUCAAAUGAGCCACCAGAGCAACUGUAUGCCACCCAACUUUCCCAGCUUCAAGAGAUGGGAUUCUUUGACACGCAAGAGAACAUAAGGGCUCUUAUUGCAACAUCAGGGAAUGUUCAUGCAGCGGUUGAGCGACUUUUGGGAAAUUCUGGACAGUAGCAGGUGGGAAGGAACACAAGACUAGCGAUUUAAAAUCCCAAACGCUAAAAUCUGGUGUGAGAUAUUUAUCAGUUUAGUUUCUAUUUUCGUCAUGGGAAUUAUGUACAAACAAAUCUGUUGAUUUUUUUUUACAUCUAGAAUUUAUUACACCCAACACUCCAAUUACUAAUACAUUGAACAACAAGAAAAUACAAGGGCCUUUUGUACCAUA